AUUGCUGCUUUGAUUAUGGAUUAGUUCUUACGGAUUAGAAGGUAUUUUUGGCAAACUGUUGUUCUAAGCGAACCGGAAUUGGCAGGUGGAUCAGAGCAAAAGGCCGGAAACAGCUCUUAACGACGUUUAUUUCGAUCCCUUGUCCCGUUCCCUACUAUUAUUGCACAGUUAAAUUGGCAAGGUUUUCAGUGAAUUGGCGCACCUGUGGAUGGCCCAUCUCCGAACGCAUAUUGAGAUCGCGCAUGCAGGUUUACCUUAAUAACAACUAUAUCAGUAACUCGGCGCAGCCAAACUCAUGUAUUUACUUUCAUUAGAUAGGGGACAUUUGCGCUGAUAUGCUCUGAUAUGUUCAACAACACAGUUAAACCCUAUGAACAACCGACAACAUACAUCGACAAAGCAAUAUAAUGUGUAAAUGGAUAAUACCAGAUGUUUUGGAAUUUUGAAAAUGCAUUUUGAUUAUUCUAAUGACAUCGUUAAAUUAAAACGGAAUAAAAGACUUGAUGUGAUGGAGCAUCAUUUAAUAUUAACGAGUGAAAAAGUGAUUCCUGGUAGGUUGAUAUAUUAAGGAGAAACCUAUAUUUGACGUCAACAUUUAGUGAUUCAGAACACAUGAACCAGGUUCAAACGAAAAUCCAGACACUUAAAUAAUCUGUCGAGGAUUAACAGCGAAAAUCGGAUUAUUAAAAACUUCAAAAUUAGCAGAGCUAAAACUAAGAAAACAGCAUUAAAAGACGGGAUCAUCACCGUUGUCGUAGAUAUUAAAGACAGAAGAACUUUUGAAGAAGAUAAAGGUAAUCGGAGAAACGCCAGAAUAAUCUAAAGUGAAAGAACACUGAGUUAUGAUAAAGAGAUAACAUUUUAUAGUGAUUACUAAUAAUACUCGCAACAAUUAGGAUAGACGCCAAAGCACUUAUAAAGUGUAAAAACUUCAGAAACUGAUAUACGAAAUAUUUUCAAAGUAUGGAUACAGCCAGAGGUUCCUGCAGUCGAUAUUGCCUGCUUAUUGUGUUGCUAUGUGAGUUGGCGGUGGCUGUUUAUGGUGAGGCGUUCUACACCCGGAGAGAUCAUAGUGACGUUGAAAUAGCUGCACCAAGGGCACCAGUCGUAGAAGACAAGAAUACUGCAUUGGCAUUGUUGGAAAAGUGGGGAUACAGGAAUUGUAAACCAGAUGGAACAAAGAGAAGACGUAGACGAGAUCUAUCGCUACCCAUUGUCAUCGGAGAGGGACAGGGCAGGACUGAUAGCGAUGAAGGAAAGGAGUGCUUAUCCUUUGAGGAGUCUCUGAAACGCUACCAGGAGUACCAGAAACUCGCACCUACUAAAGUAUUGGAUGAAGAAACCAAGAGACGGAUGAACUUGCUACGAUGUGGCAACCCAGAUUUUUUUAAUGAUACUCCAUUGGACGAAAUUCCACCCGACGAUCUCGCAUUGAGUCCGGAUACAUUUGCCGCAACUACAACAGAGGCCCCUACGCAAGCACCUACAACAGGACGGAGAAAACGCCGAUCUAUUGUGGACAUUAUUUCUACUAGUCACAGCUACCCCUUCUCAGCGGCUGAUAGGAGACGCCACGAACAUUACGAGUCCAGCAUUGUGAAUAAUCCGCGACGCAAGAGGGACGUGCAUUGGAAGGAACGAUUAAUGGGCAAACAUAAGCAUACUCUUGGGAGAAAGAGGCGGCAUAAGCGAUCUAUAGUAAAAUCGGCAUCAUCUGGAUCAACAGAGGAUGACAUCUUUAACAACACAAUGGUAUUCAACAAAACUGAAAUCACAUGGAGGAUACUAAAGAAUAGAUAUAGCAGACGGAUACCAAACGACCUACAAGAAAUGAUCAUGAAAGAUGCAUUCAGACGUUGGAGUGAGGUAAUUCCUCUGAAUUUCUUCCAAGACGACCACAGCGAUAUUAAACAAGUUGACAUCCAAAUUGCUUUUGGAACAGGCUGGCAUUUAAGCUGUAAGCGUCAAUUUGACGGUAUGGGGAGCGAGAUGGCCCAUUCAUGGCGGGACUCGAAUCAAAAGGGUCACAUUCAUUUCGAUGAUGAUGAGAACUAUAUCCAAGAAGACGUCCAUAACGUUGGCAUCAAUCUGCUUACGGUUGCUGUCCAUGAAAUUGGGCACGUUCUUGGUUUGGCACACACGCCGCGAUACGAUUCGGUUAUGUAUUCGGUCUACAAAGGUACACACAACAUCGAGUUACCUUGGCACGAUCGACAAGCUAUACAACAACUCUAUGGAGUAUGUCGGGGUAAGUUUGAUCUUAUCAUGGACUAUGUUAAAUAUCAUGAAAAGAAAUGGGUCUUCAACACAUACUUCUUCAGAAAUGACCACUUCUGGAUGUAUGAGAACCAGGAGAAUAGAACAAGAUAUGGUGAUCCAAAGUAUACAAGUAACAGUUGGAAAGGUCUGCCUAGCCAAUUGGAUGCUUACGUACAUGCAUGGUCAAGUAUUGGUAACGUCAAGAUGUUCUUUGGUGGAGACAAAUUCUGGAUCUAUUCUGAUGUAGUUGAUUCUGUGUAUCCCGGGACUGAUGGCAGGCUGAUUAAUGAAGCAUUCAAUACAAACACCUCUGAUCCCAAUCUGGUCUUACCAAACAAUCUGGACACUGCAUACUAUGAUUUCAGAGAUCAGAAAAUAUAUUUCUUCAAGGGAGAUAAGGUUUGGACAGCAGACCCAGUUUGGAACGCAGACCCAAGGAUCCCUCAAUUCUACACUGUGGACAGUGUGAGUUUAAUAUCAGAAAAAUUUCCCCCUUAUGCGGGUGAUUUUCACUAUAGUGGUAAGGUGUAUAAAGGACCUCAUAGGGCACUACCAAAUAAUCUGGAUACAGCUUAUUACUGCUUUGUCAAAGGCAUUUUGUUUUUCUUUCAUGGCGAGGACGUUUAUAUCAACGCAAUGUACAACCUCGCUGUACGACAUCAUAUAGUAAAUGGUAUAGUCUAUCUUGGAAAGUGGUAUGAACUGGACUCCUGGUUUGAUAUAUGUGAUGUCUAGUAUACAUGUGCUUCAUGUAAACCAUACAACCAAAGAUAACCCCAGUCCUUUAAAGACUUGACCAACACCUCUUACGAUAAUGCAAUAUCAGUAUAGCAGAACCCAUGAAUUGACAUUGGGCAAACGCCCAGGCCUCAAUAUUUCUAGUCCAGCCAAACUGUGGGCGCACCAGAUGGAGGAAGAAUUGUUGCUGUUUUUACAGCACAUAUAUACCAGGCUUUGUCGGUUGGUAUUGUUAAACUUGACAAAGGUGCCAAUUAGCUAGUAUUAUUUCAUAUAUGUUAAGAUAAUGUUGCAGUAGCAUUACAGCAAAUGGUUGCUUAAAAUGUGGCUACAAGAUGCACGGGAGAUAGCAUAUAUAAAACACUAACCCGAGUGAUAAGCUGACAACAGACUUGGCUGCAUAGAACAGUGAAUACAAGAAUGUAAAUAAAUAUACCAUAGAGUAUGAACAUCUGUUUGAUGAAAAUAGAUAUAUUAUAAAAUAUUCAUGAGAGUCGUAACUAUGCCAUUUCG